AUGCGUACUUCUACUAUCGCGGCCCUCGCCCUGGGCGCCGGUGUAACUUCAGCAGCGAUCGUCAAGCGACAGAGCAGCGUCACCCCUGUGACGGUCAAAGGCAACGCUUUCUUCGCCGGCAAUGAUCGCUUCUAUAUCCGUGGUGUCGAUUACCAGCCCGGUGGCUCCUCCGACGUCGCUGACCCUAUCGCCGACGUUGAUGGCUGCAAGCGAGACAUCGAGGAAUUCAAGAAGUUGGGCCUGAACACCAUUCGUGUCUACACUGUCGACAACACAGCCGACCACGAUGAGUGCAUGAGUGCAUUGGCAGAUGCUGGCAUCUACCUUGUUCUCGACGUCAACACCCCCAAGUACUCCUUGAACCGGGCCGAUCCCAACCCUUCCUACAACGCCGUGUACCUCCAGAGCAUCUUUGCGACCAUCGAUAGUUUCCAAAAGUACGACAACACCCUGGCUUUCUUCUCCGGGAACGAAGUCAUCAACGAUCCUGAGACCUCUGCUGCUGCUCCCUAUGUCAAGGCUGUCACUCGAGACAUGAGACAAUACAUCCGCAACCGAGGCUACCGAACAAUUCCUGUUGGUUACUCUGCCGCCGAUGUUAGCGAGAACCGUUUGGAAAUGGCCGAAUACAUGAACUGUGGUACCGACGAUGAGCGAUCUGAUUUCUUUGCUUUCAACGACUACUCUUGGUGCGACCCGUCUUCCUUCACCAUAUCUGGCUGGGAUCAGAAGGUCAAGAACUUUACUGGAUACGGUCUUCCUCUUUUCCUGUCCGAGUAUGGUUGCAACACCAACACCCGUGAGUUCCAGGAAGUCGAAGCUCUCUACAGCACUGAAAUGACCGGUGUGUACUCUGGUGGUCUCGUCUACGAAUACUCUCAGGAGCCUUCUAACUACGGCCUUGUCGAGAUCGAUGGCUCGUCGGUCAGUGAACUUCCGGACUUCACUGCUCUCCAGUCUCAGUUCUCAAAGACCCCUAACCCGCAGGGCGAUGGUGGCUACAACUCGACUGGUGGUGCCUCUGGAUGCCCAGCCUAUAGCAGCCCCAACUGGCUCGUCAAGAGUGACGCCCUCCCUGCAAUUCCUGAAGGUGCCAAGCAAUACAUGACCAAGGGUGCUGGCACGGGCCCGGGUCUUUCGGGUGCUGGGUCUCAGAAUGCAGGCGGUGCUUCUACCGGAACAGCUACUGCUGGCAGCGGACAAGCUAGUCAAACUGGUUCCUCCGGUGGCAGCUCGUCCGGCUCGUCCAGCUCAUCGACCAGCGGUGCCAUCGCCAUGCCGGUUCCAGAGUGGUCUCUCGCUCCCAUGGUCUGCGGUGCUGUUGUGAUCAUGUCAACUAUCUUCGGUGCUGCACUGUUGUAG